GCCGCCGCCAUUGUGAGACCCCGGGCCGGGCCUGGGUGCGAAUCCGGAGGCGGCGGGGCUGCAGGCCGGCCGGCCCGCCCGCCCGAGGUCAGCGCCGUUCCCCUCCUGUCGGCCCCAUGUGCAGCGCCUACCACUGGGAAGCCCGCCGCAGGCAGAUGGUCCUCGACCGCCGCCGCCUCUGCCAGAUGCCGAAGGAGAAGACGCAGCCGAAGCCACCGCCCCCACCGCCGCCGCCACCGGAGGAGGAGGAGGAGGGUCCGCGAGGGGCGGAGGGGGCGGGCGUCGCGGGCCAACCGGGCCUAGGCGGGCCCCCCGGCCCCCCUCACCCCCAAGCCCCCACGGCCCUCAUCCUGCCGGUCUGUGCUUUAGUUUCAGAGGCCGGACUCCCCACCCACAGGCCGAGCGUCUGCCCCUCCGCCCAGAAGCGCUACUCGGCCAUGGAAUACGUUCAACAGUGGUAGCCUCGAACGCACGGCCCCGCCACCACCGUCCCCCACCGCCCCAAUAAAGCCAAGAAGGAGGGAG